AUGGCUUCAACAUCCGGAGGCAGAUCGGGCGACGGUCGUGUGGCUUCAUCACCGGCGAGGUGCAGGAAAGAACUUCUUGAGAAAAAAGCAUCUUUGCUCGGCCGUUUGCUGGAUUGGUAUAACCGCAUGCUCGAGACCUACCCCUACGAAGCCAACGCCUACUCCACCGCGAUUAUCGGGGCUUUCGCAGACUUUCUCAGGCAGCUUUUGGUCUUUUACUUGGAGCAACGGAAAAAUAGACGCACAAGUGCUCGUCCCGGUGUUGUUGCCGGCGCCGCUCCUGGCGGUGCCUCUUUCACAUCUUCUGCGGCGACCCCAGGGGGCGGUCCGGCGGCGGGUGCAAAAAUGCAACUAUCAAAUGUAAAAGUGUCUGGGUCUGGAAGAGUGCAUGUUUGUCACGCUUGUCUGGCAUGACUCUUAAAUCUGUCACGCACGUUACCCAAGAGCGCCACUUUUUUGCCAUGCAGAGACGCAGUUUGUCAUGCAGAACCUAGAAGCUCAGAAACUUCUCAUGCUGAGCCAGCACUUGUAGCCUCCUCAUGAUACGCCACCCAGCAUCACAAGUUUCCAGACCCAGACACUUUUGCACUUGAUAGCAACUACUCGCACACGAAUUCUGGCAAAAGUUGGAGUUGAAAUCCAUUCUUGAGCAGUAUCUCCUUGGCUUCGCGGUUUUGCACCCCGUUUGCUACUGGUUUUUCGAAAAGAUCGAGGCCGUGUUUCACCCACCAUCAACAGAAAUCACUGAUAAUGAUAAACAUAACGAAGUCCUCAGCAGCACGCGGAACAACAGCAAGAAGACCCCGACCCAGGAAUUUUGGACUGCGUUUCAGAAGGUUUCCGUGGAAGAGCUGAUCUUCGCCCCUGUUUUUAACCUGGUGUUUCUGACCUGUGAGGAUGUGCUGCGAAGGAAAUCCGUCGCGGAGGCCGUUCUGAGUUACUUCCGGAAAUUCAAGCAAUUGCAGCUGACAAACAUGGCAUUUUGGUACCCGACGAACAUGGUGAACUUCUACGUUGUGCCACCGAAAAGUAGAAUGCUUUUUGCCAACUUGAUGAAUAUCCUGUGGAUGGUGUAUCUCAGUAUGAAAAGCAAGCAGGAAGGUUGAGCAGGACUGCUACGUUUUAUUUUUGUCGCUACUUUUUCAGAGAAAAACCAAAACGUAAAACAACCAACGAACUCAAAGUCAGAAUCACGGCGGUCUGGAUAGAUUCGUGAUCGUGUUCGAAGUACA